AUGUCUCAUUCCAUCCUAAUCACAGGCGCGUCAGGCUAUCUUGGCGGCUCGCUCCUCGCUCAAUUAAAUCGCACCAAACUGCCCCCACACAAAACUCUCUACGCCCUCGUCCGCUCCGACCAGCAAGCUGAACAAGUGCAAAAAUGCGGCGCCGAGCCACUCAAACUCAACUUUGCCGACGAGAACACUGUUGUCAAGAUUAUCGUGGAAGCAAACAUCUCAAUCAUCUUCUUCCUCAUCGACGCCCUGAACUCUACAUUUCAGCUUCCCUUGAUCAAAGCACUCGGCGAGUUGAAAAGACAGACGGGACAAGAGGUUCAUUUCCUGCAUACUUCGGGCGCGAAGAUUUUUAGCGAACAUGCGGGCAUGCCGACGGAUCGGGAGUUGAGGGAUGAUGAGGAGGGGUUGUUUGAAAUGCAGAAAAAGGUGAGGGCGCCGCAUGGGAUGAUGAACUUGGCCGUGCAGACGAACAACACCAUCAUCGAGACUGCUGAGUCGUACGGAGUUCGAAGUUACAUAUUCAUACCAUGUAUUGUUUAUGGUGAGGGCGAAGGUUUCGGCAAUCGCAUAUCCAUCCAGACUACAGCUGUUGUUCGAGCCGCAAAGAAGGUUGGCGCAGUGUAUGAUGUGAAUGCGAAAGGCGCUACAUGGCCUGUCUGUCAUAUCAAAGACAAUACAGCAUUGUACGUGAAGCUAUUGGAAAGCAUCUUGUCAGGAGCAAACCCAAGUUGGGGCAAGACAGGGUAUUACCUCGCCUCUUCAGGCAGCGUGGCGUGGAUUGACAUCUAUGCUGCUAUAGCCAGGGCACUUGCAGAACAAAAAGUAGUUUCGAGCAGCGAAGUAAAACAGGCAGACAACGCAGCUCUGAACGAUAUUGCACUGGCCUUAGGCUGUCCGAAAGCUCUUGUGCCAGUACAGGUCGGUGGAAAAUGUACUCUCAAGGCUGAAAGAGCUCGUGAAGUUGGCUGGAGUGCCGAAUAUCCACCUGAGCACCUCGUUGAAGCUGCGGACGCAGAGGUGACACUGAUUUUGCAGCAUUUGAACAGUGAUUUGUAUUAG